AUUGUAAGUGACAAUUUGGAAUUUUAAGUACUUGCGAAAUGCUUAUGAGGUAACACAGACGGGUGUGUACUGUAAAUACUACAGGAGGCACAAUAAAAGACACCCUUCAGACAAGAUGAGCCAAGUGUGAGAACUUCUAAACAAGCAAAGUGUAUUUACCUUUCAUGUCAUUAGUCUUUUGAAAGUGGAGGAUAGCCUACUAAACACAUCAGAAGAUGAAGUUUAAUUCAAUUGUGUGUUUGUGUAUUGCUGGAGUCAUACUUCUCAAUAUAUCAGGUUCAUUUUGCCAGGCAUUUGUGUGUGGCCAAGCCCCGCUAAACACCAAAAUUAUUGGAGGGCAGGAUGCAUCUGCAGGGUCUUGGCCCUGGCAAGUAAGCGUACAAAAUAACACCAAUGGACACCAUUUCUGUGGUGGGAGUCUAAUCAGUCAUUCCUGGGUUUUGUCUGCGGCACACUGCUUUAAGAGCGUUCCUGCAAAUACCAUCACGGUGUACAUAGGACGUCAAAGCCAAACAGGUUCAAACCCAAAUCAAAAGUCCAGUGGAGUAAUUCAAAUUAUCAAUCAUCCUUCCUAUAUAAGUUCAAAAGAAGACAAUGACGUAGCUCUCCUUCAGCUCGUAUCUCCUGUGGAGUUCAGUAAUUAUAUUCAGCCCGUCUGUCUGGCUGGAACAGGUAGCAAGUUUGGUGAAGGUACUAAGAGCUGGAUCACAGGAUGGGGAACAGUCAACGCUGACACCAACCAAAUGCCCGACAUCCUGCAGGAAGUGCAGAUACCAAUUGUGAGUGACAGUGUUUGCAAAACGGCCUACGUAGCGGAUCUCACAGACAACAUGAUAUGUGCUGGAUUAAGUCAGGGAGGAAAAGACUCAUGUCAGGGUGAUUCUGGAGGGCCACUGGUGGUUAAGAACGGCACUCAGUGGAUUCAGUGUGGAAUUGUGAGUUUUGGUCAAGGCUGUGCUAAACCUGGAUUUCCUGGUGUGUACUCAAAAGUCGCCAAUUACCAGAACUGGAUUAUCUCUCAAAUAACCAGCGACCAGCCUGGUUUUGUUCAGUACUCCUCCACUGACUCCAGCGUUACUGUUCCCGUUACCGUUGGCAAUAACUCAUCCAACUACUUUGUAUUUUCUCUGUUUCAUAUAUUUAUUAUCAUUACUUUAUUAUUCCUAUACUAAACGUGUGGAGGAGUAGUGGGUCUUGUUGUUUAGUAUUAAUAUAGUAUUAAUUGUAAAUCUGAAUUUUUUAAAAAAAGAAAAAAACUGUCUACAGUUUUUCUCUCCUUUCAGCAAGAUAAUGUUUGCUAUGUGUAAAGUCAGAAUGCAUUGACUUUUAAUCAGAACUGAUAUUUUAACUGCUUUUCAUGAACUAAUGUUAACUAAUAUUAAUGCACUGCAGGCACUUUUGUUACUUACUGUAAUCUCUAAGUCUAACAGUUAAAAAGCUCAAAAUUAUCAAAUUACUAAAAAUGUAUUUAACUUUAAUGUAUUUACAUGUUACACGGUCAAAAGAGACCGUUUGUUUUUCUUUAUGUUGUACUUGGUGUCAGAUGGGCAAACAUAAUAAAAAAAUGCUUGCU